GAACACUGCUGUGGGAUAGUAUCGACACCGCCAUGCCCGUCGUGAUGGGCAACCGUGGCAGUAAGUUGGGUACGGUGCCAUUUUUGGAGGUGCUGGUAACGCGGACAGCGAUUGCGAGUCGGGAUUUGGUGAUUCCCAUCCUAGAAGUCAACAUCGAUGACCUAGAGAUCAACUUUGACGAUGAAAUCAAAGAGGGCCUCGAGGAAUUUGCGCAGCUAGACCUAAGCGGCAAUGGGGCAGCCGUAGGCACGCUGGCGGACGACGGGAGCAGUGGGCAACUGGACUUUUUCAUUGACGGCUAUUCGAUUGAGGAUCAAUCAUACUUAUCGAGCUAUCUCUUGUCGCAACAAGCUUCUUCAAGAAGCAGUGCACCAAGAUCGUCCAGCGCGGGAAUCACUGGCUUGAGUGAGACAACCGCCGCUGAUGCUGCAGCCGACGGUGUCAGGGAAAGUAGACAGUCGCGAACGUUUGUGACUGCGCGGGAGAGUGAUGCAGGAAAAAAUUUGGUUGCUCCGACACAAUUUCAAGUGACGGAAGAGAAGCUGUUGCAUUAUCUUGACCGAUGUAAGGCGUUCGAGGGAGUCGCUUUGAAUAGCCUACCUCCGUUACAGCUGAACGACGUUGUCCACCUAGUUACAACCUCUAGCAGUAAUGACGUGCUGUCCCGUCUGCGCGACGUUGCGCGAAGAGGUUCGUACACCACGUCUGGAACCACCGGGUUCGCGUGUCGUGCAGCAGCUGCAAGCGGCCUCUCCAAUGUCGCGCCGCCUUCGAAUCUCAUGAGCUUCACGUCUCUGGCGGGUGACCUAGAUGAUAAUGAUCCAGUCUACAUGGAGACAUUGAUGUGCCAUGGAGAUCCACUAAAUAACAAGCUAGAGGACGCUAUCAGCAUAGCUGGGGCCACUCCUGGAGGGCCUGACGUGCUUAAUCAGGGUACUGAAACAAAAGAUGAUGGGACACCUUCACCAGGGCAAACCACGGCGCCGAAGACUCCGUUUGUCAAAAUGCGCGCUCACUACGUCAAGGCCUCCAGGCGACUGCGGGAAGCGCAGGAGAAGCGAGGUCUCCUAUCUCCGAGUGAUGCUUCGGCUAAUGCCACCGACGCUGCUGGCGCCGCUACCUGGAAAGAGGCGAUGUCGGGACUUCUUACGUGGAAGGAGGUCCAGCAUCUGGCAAAUGUUCCCGUGACCCUCGAUCCGCUCUAUAGGAUUCCCGAUGUGCCACCCAUAUUGCAGAUCGAUCAACUGCGUAUUUCUAAGGUAGGUCUCCUGGUCUGGGUGGAGCUCUUGCUGGACAAUAUCGACGGCUUGCCUGAAUCCGCGAAAACGGUACUUAGAGUUUUGUCUUUCGGGAAUUCGUUCACCGUGGAGCGCGGUGAGCUAGAAUUCCCUUCGCUUGGCGGCCCACCGCAGCAUUUAAGCACAUCCAAUACCUACGAAGAGCACGGUGGGUCAGGUGUGAGGAGCAGAGCGCAUUCAAAGGACGCGGCGUCCAGGCAAGUGGAACAAGGGGCCGGCGCGGCUUAUGAAAAUGACGAGACAAUCGUUCGCAUCACGCCCUUUCGCGGUUCGAUGGUCAACUUUGUCCAGAUUCUUCUCGACGUGUACACGCGAAACUUGGUUCAGAAUGUAAUGCACGUGAUCGGCAAAAGUGGCACGCUCACACUCGCGCGCUCGCCCCUGCAAGCACUGGCGAAGACUGGCACGCUUUUUGUGGACAGUUUUGGAGGCCUAUUAAGUGACGGAGCGCACAUUUUCUCUCAUUUCACCUUCGACGAAGACUACAUCCGUGAGCAGCGACGGAUCCGACGAAUGAAAAAGCAGGAAAUCGACGGCAUCCUUGCUGGAGGCGGGGAGGCUCUCAAAUCGCUGGGAGACGGCGCGGUUGGCCUGCUGGAUGUCUUCGUGAAGCCCAUCGAAGGUGCGCAAGAGGACGGCGUUGCAGGCUUUUUUACUGGCUUGGGCAAGGGGCUUAUGGGCACACUUGUCAAACCCGUCAGCAAAAUUGGGGAAGCGAUUUCUGAUGUUGGUCAAGGCAUCAGUGCUGGCAUCUCGAGCGACAAGAACCGGGGAGGUCGUUCCGCUCUGCAUCGGUCCCUUGUAGAGCGCA